AUGGCUAAUAAUCCUUCAUCAUCAAGAACUUAUGGGCACAACCCUCAUUUCCCCAACCAAAAUAAUGAAAAUCCAGUUGUCCAAGCAUAUAUUAAUUUGCUGGCUCCUUUGGAAAAUCCAAGGCCUGAUUACCAUAAUUUGAUUCACAAUCAAUCUGCUACACCCAACCCUAUAGAAAACAUAAACAAGAUCUCCAAUUCAGUCCAUGCCAAUAGAUCUACGGCUUCAUCACUACCAAGCAGAGAAGGAAGUCGUCAGGAUGAUAGAGUUUCGCGACGGAUAAGAUCGAGAGCACAAUGCCAUAAUGUGUACCACCCAAGGGAAAGGCUUCAUUAUGGAGGUGGAAGCAGUAGUUCAUCAAGGAAUCAUCAAGCCGAAUUAAAUCAAUAUAUAUGCAUCGAGAAAACCCAUAUGAAAGGCCUGAUUUUGCCUUCCCCGAGUAGUUUCCCAAUUCAUGAAUCCAAUAGGAUUUCUAAUUUGUCUUUGGUGAAUCCUCUUCCAGCACAGCCACCACUGCUGCCAGUUGUACAAUCAACUCCUCCUAUUCUACCGCCGCGGCUACCACCACUGCUGGCACUAGUUGUACAGUUAAUUCCACCGUCACCAGGAGCACAAGUUGUACAUUGGUUUGCCAUAGAAGCCCCAAAUAUAAUGAAGUAUGGAUCCAUUCCUGCUCAUCAGUGCUUUGGAGAAUUGGUCCGUUCCCCAUGGAACUCAGCCAUCAAUGAAGGACUUGACUGGCAAAUAUAUCACAAUAACUUGGUGGGACAAAGCAUUCAGAGCAUUCCCACGAUAACUUCUCAAAUCGUCUCAACAGACAGAUCAGUCAUGUUACAUGAUGAAAUCAGAAUAAUUAGUACUCAAAAAGAUGAAUGGGAAAACCAAGAUGCCGGCAGCAACCAAAUGGCUCCAUUUUUGGAAAUGGAACGUGUCGAACAGCCAGCCAAAGUACUCUUUCAAUUUGAUGAGGAGUUCAACCCUAUCACUUAUCAGGGUCCAGUUCAGGUACACAAGAAGGCUAUUCAAAUCUCUCCCUCCAUGAUCCCCUCCUCAUCUUUUGGUAUCGGCCUGAAAAAUCUCCAAAGUACAACAUCAAUAAGAAAUAGUACUAAUGAGGUUGAUGCUGAGAAGAACAAGCAUGAAGAAGAGGUAGGAGAAAGCCAAGGUUCAACCAAAUUAAAUGAGAGAAGAAGCAAGAUGCAUUUGCAGAUGGAGACCAAUUUUGAGAGAAAUGAUCCAUUCUUGGGGAAAGAUGAAUUAUUGGAUUUGAUCAACUGGCCCGAUGACCAGUUGAUGGGCAAUACUGAUCGAUUCAGGUUUGAAAUUUGA